UUUUAACCUAUUACCGAAAAAUUGGCCAUAGAAAGAUUUCUCAUUGCCUUUAAAGGAAAAGACAAGAUAUUCAUUUAAAUCCUUAAUUUGCAGGAUUAUCCCCCCUUUUUUAAGAGGAUGGAUUAUUCAUUGUGGUUUGUGACCAUCAGUACAGUAUUACUUGUGGUAUAUAUUAUUGUCCAGCUACUGAAGGGAAAAUGCAACAGUACAGCAUCAUUAGAAGGGAAAACAAUAAUAGUUACUGGAGCCAACACAGGUAUAGGAUAUGAAACAGCCCUAAGUUUUGCCAGACGUAAAGGUCGUGUGAUUCUUGCAUGUAGAAGCAAAGAAAGGGCAGAGGCAGCUUGUAAAACAAUUAAAGAAACCUCAGGCAACCAAAAUGUACUUGUGAAGAUUAUAGAUCUCAGUAUAAUGGCAUCGGUAAGAAAGUUUGCUGAAGAUUUUAUAAAAGAAGAGAAAAGAUUGGACAUUCUGGUAAACAAUGCAGCAGUUUCAGGCAUGAAGAAAACCAUGACAGAAGAAGGUUUGGAAUAUAGUUAUGCAACAAACUAUCUUGGGCCAUUCUUAUUGACUAACUUGUUAUUAGAUUUAAUGAAAAAGACUCCAAACAGUAGAAUAGUGAAUGUUUCUUCUAUAGUGAAUAUGUUUGGGAAUGUCAGCUUUGAUACUUUAAAUGGGGAAAAGUACAGCAUUGCUGGAACGUACUAUGAUACUAAGCUGUUAAAUAUAAUGUUUACCAAAGAGCUAGCAAGAAAAUUACAAGGAACCAGUGUGACAACAUCGUGUCUUCAUCCUGGAUCAGUUCGUACAGAACUUCUUAGAAACAUACCUGUGUAUGUAAGAAUACCAUUUCAAAUUAUGGGACUUCUCUUUUUCAAGACUUGUGAAGAAGGUGCCCAGACUACUAUAUAUUGUGCUAUCAGUGAGGAUCUAAAGGGUGUGUCAGGACAUUAUUAUAUGGAUUGUAAGGACUAUGAACGCACUAUAUACAUAAGUAAACAAGCUUAUGAUGAAGGUUUGUGUAAAAAGAUAUGGGAAGUCUCUGAGAGGUUAACUGAAUCAAAAUAAUAGCAGAACAGUAACUUUGUAUACAAAAAUUGUAAUAUUGCUCAAUGUAACAUUCAAAUCAAAAUGUUUGAAUCAGGUUGUGAAAUUUACAAAAAUCAAAUGUGCCUUUGUCUUACUUUAUUUAUUAAAAAAGGCUAGAUCUUGCCAUAAAUUGUGGAUGAUUGGCCAUCAUUGAUAGCUAUGGUGCCCUCUAGAUGUUUAUUUUGGUCUUUUUUUGUUGUUGGUUUGCUGUCUUAUUAAUAUUUAAUCAUGUGAUGGAACAGGACUAAACAAUUUAGGAAGAAUCAGAAUUUAAAAUUGUUUUCUGCAUAAAGAAUUUGCAAACCAUGUAAAAUAAUUAUAAAGUAAAGUAGAUCAGAGAUACAAGAAUUAUAGAAAUGGCAGACUAUUUUUAGUCCAUCGUCUGCAAAGAAAUUGUUAUAAUUUUAUCAGGGCUUCCAAAAUGGUUGUAAUGUCAGACUUGACCGUUAAGUUAUAUUUUUUACUUGUUCUGCCAAGCCUGAAACGGACUUAUAAUGUGGGUUUGUUAUUUUAACAUCAUUCAGAAAAUAUGAGUUUUUUUGCGAUCUUUUUGACCUGACUUUUUGCCUUAAGCAACCACACAUUUCCAGUCAUAAAAGUGACAUGAUGAAUAAGUACUAUAAAAACAAAACCCACUUUGUC